UCACUCCGGGUAACAUGUUAUUGGCCCGCUACUCAUUAGCUUAGAAGAGCGCAACCGCUGGGCGCCUGUGUUUCUGUUGGCUGUUCUCUUCGCACGAUCACAUGGAGGAGCUGCGCGGUUCACAUGACUGUUGAGCUAUGGAGGGGGCUAUCAAUGAAGGUUCUGUACCUCCUUAUUACCGAGAAGUAUAUGAGGCAGUCUGCUGCAAGCAGGAUGACAGAGUGCAAGCUGAAGUGUUCCAUAGAUUGUUGAGCAGGACAGACCUCCCAGCUUCUGUACAGACUCAGAUUGCAAGCCAGCUGGACUGUAAGGAGGGAUUCCUUUCAAAACUGUCUCUGUACAAAGGCCUGGCUCUUAUUGCAUUGGCUCAGCAAGGGAAGCAACCAAGCCAAAAACUCCUGGAGAACUAUACGCAAGAGUUUCCAAAACCUCAUUUGGGUGAACUGGUUGAUCUUCGAGCUCUCAAAAUGCAGUCUACUUCUGAUAACCCUUUACUCCUUACACAAACACUUCUGGAACUGCAGGAUAUAGACACCAUUCAAGUGGAGCUCAUUCCAGAGAAGAAGGGACUGUUUCUGAAACAUUUUGAGUAUGAGGUCACCAGCCAGCGUUUUAGAUCAUCAGUUUACCGUAGAUACAGUGACUUUGAUGUAUUGCAUGAAGUCUUACUCCAUAGAUUUGCCUAUCGCAUGGUGCCGGCACUCCCACCGAAAAGAGUACUAAAAGGAGUUUUGACUUCAACAUCUGAAAAGGAGUUCAUUGAAGGUCGACGACGUGGUCUUAGGCGUUUCAUUAAUCUUGUUGCCCGGCACCCUUUUUUUUCAGAAGAUGAACUCAUAAAAACAUUCCUCACAUUGAACAGUUCUGAUGUGCAAAACAAACUUCGUGAGUCUAUUAAAAGAGCUGGUGAUGAAUUCUUGACUUGUAAAAUUGCAACAAAGGCUAAGGAAUAUCUACCACCUGAUAUCCAGGCUCAGUUUUCUGCCAGUAGAGAAUUAAUACGAAACAUCUUCAACAGUUUCCAGAAGUUGCGUGAUCGGGCAGAGAGGAUGGCUAUACGGUCUGUGGAGAAUGCAACUGAUCUGAUGAUGUUUGGGAAAGAACUAAGUGCUCUGGGGUCAGAUACCAUUUCAGUUCCAUACUGGGCUACCACAAACAACAACACUUGGGGUACCUUGAGACAGUCUUUGAAAGGACUGUCUGUGGAGUUUGCAAUAUUGGCAGACAAAGCUGCACAGCAGGGUAAAAGGGAAGAGGAUGAUGUUGUUGAAAAAUUGAAUCUUUUCUUAGAUUUACUACAGUCAUACAAGGAUUUAUGUGAGAGACAUGAAAAAGGCGUUUUGCAUGAACACCAUCGAGCUUUACAGAAAUACAGCCUAAUGAAGCGUCAGAUGUUAUCUGCUACUGCACAGAGUAAGGAGCCAGUGUCUGUUGAACAGCUGGAGUCUCGCAUUGUACAGCAAGAGAAUGCAAUAUUGACAAUGGAGCUCCGGAACUACUUUUCCUUGUUCUGCCUUUGCCAGGAGACACAGCUGAUAUUCAUCUACCUUCAGAUCACGUGCUACAUAAUUGGGGCACUUGUAAACUCACAGAUACAAGGACACAGAGAGAUGAGUGAGGUAUGGAAUGAUCUUCAGCCUAAACUUGGCUCCCUGUUUGGAGGAUGCAGCGGACUACUUUCACCACCACUAACCCCCCAACAAGGAGAUUGGAAAAGCCUUGCAUUUUUUACUAAUUAAAGCUUAAGACUGUCACCUUCGGAUUUGUCACUGCCAUGUUGUCCUCUGACCAGAGUUCUGAGCAAGCAGCGAGAAGAUCUUGGUUCGGCUCUGUGUUCGCAAGGAAAGGACAUUCACAUGAUACAAUGACACAGGUUCUAAUACUCUGUUUUGACACAUUAUAAUACACAAUUUUUCCCAAACUACCUUCUCUAUUCUGGGAGACAGGCUACAAAAUAAAAUUUGUAAACCAAGAUAGGAUUAGAAAGUAUACCUGAAUGAAGGAAAAUGUACAAAAAUGUAAAUGAAUUCAUCAUCUAUUUAGUGAAAUACAGAAACGUAAAUGUAGCGAUUUUCUCCUGUUAACUGACCAAGUUGCAAGUUUAGAGGUUUUGAUAAUCCAUUAUGAUAAUUUUUACUCAAAUACUUUAUUAUUUACAAUUUACAUUAUAUAGAUAAUAAUUAAGCAAAUAACUGCCUAGUAUAAAUAAAUGUGAAAUUGUACAUAUUGUAUUUUUGGAAAUGGGAGGGAUUUAGAGAUAUUUGUAGUGUAAUUUAGUGCCAACACUAAGCUGAAAAGAAGACACUGAGGCAAACUAAAUACAGGUGUGUAUUUUAGUACCAUUUAUACCAUCCAAGUGUUCACUCUCCUUUAAAAAAAAAAAAAAAAAAAUGGGGUGUCAAGAUUUAGGCAGAAAUGUAAUUUCUGAAUGAGCGUUACUCACUAAAAAUAAUGUGUUGUUGAGUCUUUGUGUAUUUAUAGUAAUAUCAAGGCUCAGAUCAGAUUCAUUCAGUCAUAUUUGUCUCUUACUAUAGAAAAAAUUUAAAAGUAAUCCAUGUCAUUUUUCUUGUCUGAAAUCGAAACUCAUGGAGUCGUGUACUUCACAUCAUAUUGAUGUCAUUUCAGAGUUCUAUUUUCUGUAUAGUAUAAAGUUUCAAACAAGUAAUUGUAUUUUGAAUAUUUAGAGCAUGCCUUUUGAAAAAGCACACAAGGAAAAUGCAUUUAGCAUUCAGAAAAGUGCCUUUACUUGCUGUUGGGUUAAAAGAUAAACUGGAAUUUGAGUUAAUGCAAAUGCAGACAUACCGAUUAUGAUUAGUUAAAUGCAUAGCAAUGUUCAAACAGCAGCCUCAUGCCAAGAGUGUCCAAGGAUGAUAGAUAGAUGAGAGAUGAAAUGUGACCUCAUUCCCUGCACUGCAGUGCUUUAGCUUGCACUCCUCCGCAGCGUCUACAUUAGUCCAGCAGGUGGCAUUGUUGUACAGGAAAUUGUAAUAUCCUGGCCGUGGCAUUAAAUGUUAAUGUGAAUGGUGAACCCCAAAGCAAUCUACAAAUGUUGUGUUUUUAUGUAACAAGACUUUUGGGAAACUGCAGUAGGUGCAGGACCUUAUUGAAAUGAAACCAUGUUGGUUGAUUAACAUGAGUUGGUUUUGGUAGUAUUUCAUGCUGGAGAUCUUACUCACUUUGGAGUGUCACACAGACUUAAGGAACAGAAAUCUUUCUAACUGCAGUCCAGGGAUUUCACCAUGCCUGUGACAUAAAACUUUUAUUUCCACUCUUUUUUCUGAUCAUCUGCACAACACAGAACUAGGCAUUGCAUGCUUUAUUAACACACGAUGCAUCUGCUUUUCUGAAAGUUUUUUUUUUUUUUUUAAUUUGUUGGUGUGUGUAGUUGGGCUGCCAGACAUUUAUUGCUGGUAAAUUUUUCUGCAGUUAUUUCCAUGUGCUGCUUGCCUUUGUUGCUUUUUAACUCCAGUAAUAAAUACUUAACUCUAGCUUAAUACACUCCAGUUUAGGCUUUCCACUAAUUAUGCACAAAUUUAAUCUUCUUAACUAUUGAUACCUAACCAUGAAUUAAAGCAGUUUGUAUUAUGUUUUGCAGACCAGUGAAUCUGCAUGUAUA